AUGAACGCGCAGCCAGAACGAGCAGACAGAGAACUAUUGAACCCUGAAGGCCCCGACGGCGAUUUCGCGCCUGUCAUCUCAAAUCCCUCGCUCAGCCAGUGGCGAGUGGAGGGAAUUGAGCGGGAUCUCACGCCCCUCCAGUACCACUAUCUGAGCAUGAUGAAGCGCUUGAUCGCCCUGAAGGACAGCUAUCAGGGGGAUUCCGAAGCUGAGGACUGGCUGAUGUCCGCCAUCAACAAGUCCAUCUUCUCCACGCUGAGGGACAGCCUGGAGGCCAACGUGGGCGACGAGGCCAAGGACCUGAUCACACCGCAGCAACGCGUGGACUGA